AAUCCUGUAGGGGAUACAUUUCUCAAGGAGGCCUGGUGUGCAGUCAGCGUUCCAGUUAAUCCCAAAGGUGUUCGAUAGCGUUGAGCUCUGUAGUAAGCCGCUCAAGAUCUUCCACUCCAACCUAUGCAAAGCAUAUCUUCAUGGAGCUAGCUUUGUGGACAGAGGAAUCUGCGAUGGACGACUCGAGAUUAGAGCCUUUUACAAACGGAGAAGCUCAGCAGCAGCACAGUGUGUUUCUGAAUCUGUUUAAAGAGUUUAGGUUUGAUGUCCAUUCUGUCCAUUCUGGUGACGCUAAUGAUCCAAAAUCAUGCAGAGUGGAGAACAAAACACAGCAGAUCACACUGCACUGCUUCCACAGGUCCUUUUGUGAACACCACUCUAAAAAGGAUGACCUCGUAAACCUGUCCUACAAUGAACAUCAGUCUGUGGAGGAGCACACCUCAAACCCGUCUUCAUCUAACCUCAAAUCUGUAGAUGACCACACCUCAAAUCUGUCCUACCAUGAGCAUCAUUCUGUGAAUGAGCACACCUCAAACCCAGCUUCCUCCAACCACAAAUCUCUGGAUGACCAUACCUCAAAUAUGUCCUACCAUGAACAUCAUUCUGGGAAGGACAACACCACAAACCCGUCCUCAACCAACCGCCAACCACCAGAGGAACCCUCUUCAAUCCCUUACUCUCAUAAACACCAAUCUCCACAUAUUGACGACAUCUUAAACCUGUUUCACCUUGACCAAAAAUCUAACCAGACCUCUCCCAAACACCAGUCUGGAGAGAACUGUACCUCUAGAAUGCCCUCUACUAAAUGCCAAUCUGAUGAGGAACCCAUCUCAAAUCCAUCCUUCUCUAAGCACCAAUCUCGAGAUAACCGCAUGUCAAACCAGAACUUUUCUAACCACCAGUCUGAAGAGGACUGUACCUUUAGCAUGUCCUGUUCUCGACACCAAUCUGAUGAAGAUCCCACCUCAAUUCCAACAUCUUCUAAGCACCAAUCUCAGGAUGACCACAUGUCUAACCAGACUUCUUCUAAAAAACAACAGUCUGGAGAGGACUGUAUUUUUAGCAUGUCAUGUCCUAGACACAAAUCUGAUGAGGAACCCACUUCAAAUCCAUCAUCCUCUAAACACCCAUCUCGAGAUAAACAAAAAUCUAACCAGACCUUUCCCAAACACCAGUCUGGAGAGAACUGUACCUCUACAUUUUCCUUUACUAAAAAAUGUCAAUCUGAUGAUGAACACACCUCAAAUCCCUCCUCUUCUAUACACCAAUCUCAAGAUGACCACAGGUCAAACCAGACUUCUCCUAAAAAACACCAGUAUGCAGAGGACUGUACAUCUAGAAUGUCCUCUACUAAACACCAAUCCAAAAAAGAACACACUUCAAAUCUGCCCUUUCCUGAAGACCAAUCAGAGCAAAAACUUCUACCACAAUUUAAGGGUCAGUUCUGUGGAAAGUCAUUCCGGCCCCAGAGUUGCCUCAGAGUUCACACAGUCCAAGGACAAGACUCCUUUUACUGUAUGUCAUGUAGAAAGCGUUUCUCUGCUAAAUGCAGGUUAAUGGCCCACAGAUACUCUAAGCAUAAAGGAGAAAAACCUUCAAAACCUGAACAGUAUUUCAGAACUGCUAAAGCAAAAGCAACACAUCAAUCGAGUCACAGUGGAACCCAAGAGUUUCACUGCCCAAGCUGUGACCAAUCCUUCCUGAGCAAGUGCAUGCUAAGUGCACAUAUCGUAAAUGAACACCAGAGGGCGCAACCCUUCGGUUGUGACGUCUGUGGUAAAAGAUUCAAGCUGAGGAAUGGACUCCUCUCCCAUCAACGGGUUCACUCGGGGGAGAGGCCGUAUCGCUGCGAAGAAUGCGGAAAGACCUUCAUCGCUAUAAGCACCUUUAAUGUCCAUCGACGGGUUCACACAGGUGAAAAGGCGUUCCGCUGUGAAACUUGCGGCAGGAAUUUUAUCCUUGCUGCUUGUCUAUCCAGACAUCAGCAAAGCCACAGGGAUGUCAAAACCUUCAAAUGCGACAUCUGUGAGAAGACUUUUGCGAAAGCUAGUCACCUCCGUAUUCAUCGCCGCGUGCAUGCUAGUGAGACCACGCAUAACUGCGAAAUGUGUCAAAAAAGUUUUAAUAGCAUCCGUACCCUCAGGUUGCAUGAGAAGGUUCAUGUAAAGGAGCGACCCUUUGCCUGCUCUAUGUGCUCCAAAUCCUUUGGUUCAGAAGCCUACCUACGAAGGCAUCAGCAACUCCAUUCGGAAAAGAAUCUGCCCCAGUGUUCUGAAUGUGGCAAGAGUUUCAUCACAGCCACCCAUCUCCGUUCGCACCUCCAGGUCCAUGCGAGCUCGAAACCUUUCUCCUGCGCCGAGUGCGGACAAAAAUGCGGCACCCUCGCUGAUCUCGGGCGCCACCGCCGCAUCCAUAUGGGUGAUGGUUACCAAUGUGGGGUGUGUGAGAAGCGGUUCGCAACUAAGAAAAGCUUGUUUCUACACCAGCGCACGCACAGCGGCGAGAAGCCGUACUCCUGCAGCGAGUGCGGAAAGAGUUUUGCUCACUUAUCCAACGUACUCCGACAUGCCGCCGUCCACACCGGAGAUAAGCCCUUCAAGUGUUACACGUGCGGGAGGUGUUUCAGCGCCGCAUCUGGUCUCAGGGCACAUGUGCAGACGCAUGUGAACAAGCAAGAGCACACGUGCACCGAAUGCGGGAGAGGGUUCACACGUUUGAAAACUUUACUGAGCCACAAGUGUAAAAAGAGGGGAGUCCAAAGGAGGGGAGUCCAAAGGAGGGACGCCCAAAAGGAGGGGAGCCCAAAAGAAGGGGAGUCUAAAAAGAGGGGAGUCUGAAAGGAGGGGAGGCCAAAAAGAGGAGAAUCCAAAGGAUGGGCGUCCAAAAAGAAAUGAAAAAAGGUGAAAGAAAAAAAUAUGAAAGAAUGUGUCAAGUGCUGCAUUCAAACAUAAAUAUAAAAUAAAGUUCUCAUUAAA